UUCCAACCCACCAAAGCAACUGACGGGGAACCAGAGCUCGAACUUUUCAACGGCUACAUUUCACCCCUCUCUCUUUCUCUUUCUCUUUCUCUUUCUCUUUUUUCUUCUUUCGCAAACCACAAGACGAAGAAGCACAAAAGAAAGAUGAGGGGGGAAUUUGGACCCACGACUGUCUCUGCCUUUGGUCUCGUUCUCGUAACGAUCUCAGCGAAGAUAUCGCGUGACCCAGAUGCAAGAAAGAGCAAAUCAAUGACAACCCAACACCUAUUUCGCCUCCCAAUUUAGCCUCUCCUGUCCUGUUUUCGAGGGGAUUUCACCCAAAUUUGACCAUCAAACCAGGCCCCUCUCUCUGUGCUCAUAUGCCAACCCAUUUGAUGUUGGUGCUAAAUGUAGGGGGAAUUCGAAACCCCCCACCGCCCCUGCCCCUUUGACCCACCCAGUUCCGCCCGGCUGGGGUCGAUCUGAAUCUGUGUCUUCUCUCACGAUUUCCGAUCGACUUUUUCAUGGGUUUUGGGGGGCUAAUGUGAUGGGUUGCAUUAACUCGAAACGGGCGUCGUCUCCGCCGCCUGUUUACGAUUCCUCCUUCAGGGCCUCCCACUCCUCCGCCGGCAGCGGCAGCGGCAGCUCUCGCUACCACAAUGGCUCUAGCGGCGGGCAUUUCGAUCCCGUGUUGCUCAAACGAGCUGCGGGGUUUGGGGAAUUAGAGAAGAUCAAGGAGGAGCCUGAGAAGGAGAACGACGAUGAGUCCGCCGACAGCUGCAUUUCGGAUUUGAAGAAAUUCAAGUCCAUAAAGAAGGCGAAAGAUGAGAAGAAGGCCGUUUUCAGUUUGAGAUUUGGGAGGUAUACAGAGGCUGCACAAAUUGCCGCCGGUUGGCCGCCUUGGCUUAGUGCCGUUGCCGGCGAGGCCGUCGAAGGAUGGCUGCCCCUCAAGGCCGACUUGUUCGAGAAAUUAGACAAGAUCGGGCAAGGGACAUACAGCAGCGUGUAUCGCGCACGUAAUGUUGAAACCGGCCAGAUCAUUGCGCUGAAGAAGGUCAGGUUUGACACUUUUCAACCGGAGAGUGUCAGGUUUAUGGCUCGAGAAAUCGCGAUUCUGCGCAGGCUUGACCAUCCUAACAUCAUGAAGUUGGAGGGUCUAAUUACCAACAGAUUUUCAUGCAGCAUAUACCUUGUAUUCGAGUACAUGGAACACGAUCUCUCUGGGCUGUUGUCAUGUCCUGACAUCAAGUUUAGCGACGCACAGAUUAAGUGCUAUAUGCGGCAGCUGUUGGCUGGGCUGGAGCACUGUCACUCGAGAGGAGUAAUGCAUCGAGACAUCAAGACAUCCAAUAUUUUGGUAAACAAUGAAGGAGUUUUGAAAAUUGCAGAUUUUGGAUUGGCAAAUUAUAUCAGUUCGAGACACCGGCAACCAUUAACCAGUCGAGUGGUGACUCUAUGGUAUCGACCUCCAGAGCUUCUACUGGGAUCAACAAAUUAUGGUCCAUCAGUGGAUCUCUGGAGUGUGGGCUGUGUCUUUGCCGAACUUUUCAUUGGCAAGCCCAUUCUCAAGGGGAGAACCGAGGUUGAACAGCUCCACAAAAUCUUCAAGCUGUGUGGUUCUCCGCCGGAUGAGUUCUGGAAAAAUUCCAAACUCCCUCUUGCAACCAUGUUCAAACCUCAGUAUCCUUAUUUAAGUUCUCUGCGAGAGAAGUGCAAAGAGUUUCCAAAGAGUGCUGUAAACCUUCUGGAAACUUUUCUUUCCAUAGAACCUCACAACCGUGGGACUACUUCGUCUGCCCUUGAUUCUGAGUAUUUUGCCACAAAGCCAUACGCAUGCGAUCCAUCGAGCUUGCCCAAGUACCCACCUAACAAAGAGUUCGAUGCAAAGAUUCGUGAUGAAGUUCGAAGAAGAAGGGCUGAUGCCAAAGCACGGGCAUCUGGAAGAAAUCCAAAAAGAAGCCGAAAAGCUCUGCAAGAGCCGAUCUCUAUCUCUAAGGAGGUGGAGAGCAGUCAAUAUGGUCGACGAAGCAAUGGUGGCAAGGCACACAUUCUAAAGGGGAAAGGAGCCACUGAGCACCGGGGAUCACUGCAAACUCCCUAUGAUACAGUGUCCGAGGUGUCUGAGGCUUCCCAGGUAACAGAGAUAUCCCAGGUCGACAGUAUCAAGUCGGUUCCAGCAGUUACCGGAUCGAGCGAUUUUGCAUGGGUGAGGAAGCGAAACAGGAAUGCCGGCCCCGUGAGAUUGUACAGUGAGGCCAGUUCGAGAGGUCAAAAUUUGAGGGCUAUGGAUCCAUCCAGCACCCUGCAUUCAAGGCAUGCUUUCGACCCAGAGGAGGAGCAAGAGAAUGAAGAGUUCUCAGGCCAUGACAGCAUUGAACCGUAUUCGACUGCCCGGCGCGCAAUGCGAAGGCAACGCAGCCAGACUUAUAGGGCGGAUUCUUUUGACUCAGCUGAACUGUACCAAUCUCAGGAACUCCCACUGGAUUAUAAGAAUGGAAGAGUCCAACUCUCGGGACCAUUGUUAUCUCAGUCAGGUAGACUUGACGAGGCCCCCGGCCCAGAAGAUCAUGUUCGGCAAGGCGGUCGUAGAUCCCGGUUUUAUAGAGGGUGAAAAUGCAGAAGAAAUGAAACAAGAUGCUCCAAAAGUCAACAGUGCCCGGAGGGGAUUUGACUGAGCUGAGUUGCUCAUGGCCAGCCUUGUUUAGGUCUCCCUCAGCCCAUCUUUCGCAAGUGCUUGCCUAUUUUAGUACCCGGAAGAAGACGGGGCAAAGAAAGCAGCAAGCGAGAGACUGUGGAAAGCGGGGGGAGAAUUGGGUGUUGAUGAUUCUUGAAUUUUGUGCACAAUCAGACAGGACGAGGGAGAGGAGGUGGAGGAUGAUGAGAAUGCAGUCAAGUCAAUUGAAAAUGCUAAGUGCUAACAAUGGUCAUAAGGCUUUAUGGGUGGCCAUGUCAACAAUGAUGCAAAAUUUGUUUCAUUUUUCUUGUAGCAUUCGAAGGCAAAUAUUUAUCACAAAUAAAAAAGAUUAAAAGAAAGGUAACAUCGUCCUUUAUUUUGUCGCAUAACAUCAACAUCCUCUUCUUGGGAUCGUUAAAGCUUGAACCAAACAAUAUCAAGUUCUAUUUUUCCAAUUUUACAGAGCUUUCUUAAUUUUGAUUAACUUCAAUCUUCAAAGGCACUCACA